CAUUUGUUUCUUCUCUGGUGAUGUGAACAGGUGUGUGCGGUUUAUUGUGGCGUAAUUUAAAAGUUUAACUCCGUUUUCGUUUCAACAAACAAAGACUUCUAAUGCCUUAAGGAAAAGUGUUCUAUACAAUUGAAACAAGAAAUGACAUAUAUUUAUAUAUUUUGGUUAAACUUCGGUUUAAUGGAUAUAAACGUGGGGAUAUAUACACAUAACUUUUGAAUUACUAUGCUCCUAAAGUUAAGAGUUACAUUUUUUGAAUUUUACACAUUGAUAACUAUUACAGUAAUUUUAUGUCCAUUAGAAUGUAUUCUUCAAACUUAACAAACUCUUUAACCACGCAAGAAACUGUAAUUGGACUUAGUACGGUUAACUUUCAAUAGAUGCUUAUAAAAGGAAUGAUAAAGAAAUUUCUUGAAUAUAUGUAUAUGUACUAUAAUAAUAAUUGAAAAUGGACACUUCAUGGAAGAACACUCGUGACGCUUUAAAAGACUUUGCAAAUGCGUUAAAGUGUAACAAAUGUGGAAAUGAGCCAAUAAAUGCAACAAGAUACACCAAUUGUGGUCAUUUCUUUUGCAAACAGUGUGUUGGGAACGAUUCACUAUGUAUAAUAUGUAAGAUACCUGUACAACCCAUUGAAAUAUGUAGCGAUCAUCUAGUUAAGAAUCUUGUACUUCAUUGCAAUAAUAUUGCAGAAAUAAUACAGGAAAGAGAUUUAUGGAAUGCAGCCACAACUUCAAAUUCGAUACAGUCACCUAGCAGAAUCAAUUCUACAUGUAAUUUAAAAUAUCGCAUACCAAAAAAAAAUAUCAAUAAACAGAACAGUAAAGGAGAAACACAAUUACAUACUGCGUGUUUGAAGGGGAAGAUGCAAGAAGAUCAUGUAAAAGUUUUAUUAGCUGCUGGUGCAAAUCCAAAUACAAAGGAUUAUAAUGGUUGGACUCCUUUGCAAGAAGUUGUAAGUUAUGGUCAUACCAACAUAUGUCAGUUACUAUUAGAAUGUGGUGCAUUACCAAAUACACCUGGUGAAGGAAACAGAACAGCAUUACACGAAGCUGCUAAAGCAAAUAGAUUGUUAGAAGCAAAACUGUUAUUAAAAUAUUCAGCUAACAAAAAUGUGUAUGAUGAUUAUGGAAGAAAACCUAUAGAUUAUUGUCAGCCAUACAGUGAGAUGUGGAAUAUUUUGAAUGAUGAAAAUGAAUUGGAUAAUGUACAUGAAACCACCAUAGAUCUUAGUCAUACUUUAAAUAAAUCACUUUCUAUGGCAUUCAAUAUGGUUGUUAUAUAUGUAUCAAAUUUACAAGAAGAGAAUAAAAGACUUCUGAACGAAAUAGCGUCAAAGAAUAAAAUUAAAAUUGUAUCUAGAUUUCAAUCAUCUGUGACUCAUGUCAUAGUAGAAGCUAAUAGCAAAAAUGUCGUACAACUGUCAUAUGACGUAAUGAUGGCACUUCUACACGGAGCUUGGUUACUUAAUACCGAGUGGAUUCAAUUAGGAAUGGAUAUAAGUGAAAUACUAAAAGGAGAUUUAGAAAUAUUUGAAGUUAGCGGCACACCAAUUAAAGGUAUCCCAAAGAAAGCUAGAGAAAAUGCACAAAAACAGAAUCCAGGUCUCUUCAAUCGAUGUUAUUUUUAUUUUGCAUGGCAGACAAAAAACGUUUAUGCAAAUGAUAUACAAUUAACAAAAGAAGCAUUAAUAGCACUAGUACAAGAGGGUGGUGGAUCAGUUUUAAAAAGAGAACCAAAUCCAGAAAAUAUAAAGGACCAGGGAUUAUUUAUUCCUUUUCACAUUGCGAAUGAACCUACUCAUUCUUUAUAUAAAUGUACACAUUAUAUCAUAUAUGUACCAGAAAGAGAUGAACCACGUAUAAAAUAUAAUAUGCCUCAUAUAAAAACACUUCCGCUUAUAUGGCUAAUUGAAUGUAUAGAAAAAUUUACAUUAAUUGAUCCAUCGCAAUUAGGUCUACUUAAAUUUUAAUUAUUAACAUGUUUUGUGGCUAUAAUUGCUGUACUAGAACUAAUGAAGAAGUGCUAUCAACUGGUAAAGUGUAAUUUUUAUAUCGAAUAGAAUAUUUUAUAUUUUGAUAUAAUUAAAUAUGUUAGAGAAUUUGAAAAAUAUGAAGAAUUAUUUAAAUAUACUAAAAAAAAAUGUAUUUUUACAAUUAAUAGUCAUGUAAAAUAUUAAAACAAAUAAUAGGAUUUUAAGUUAUUUUCUUGUUUGAACUUUUUAAGGAGACAUAUGUUAAUGUAGUACUAUGAUUACGAAGGAUUGACCGUUGCGCAAAGAACGAUAAAUUCCAAAGGGAAAUAUCGUACGGUAUCCCGUACAUUUACGGGUAAAGUACCGCUAGUCGUGCACAUAUACUUACAUAUACAUGCAGUGAGAAAGAGAGAACGGAAGAAAAAAGUUAUAGGGGAGUGAGAAAGAGGCAAAGAGGAAGAACAGUGCGAACAUGAAAGAUAGGGAAAAGAGAGAUUCUAAUAUAGUUGAGAUCAGAUAAUAAGGAAAAUCGAAUAUAAGUAAAAAUUAAUAAAUUAGAGAAUAUAUAAAGCAAUAAAUAACAUAAGACAGUAAUUAAAUUUAAUGAAAGAAAAACGAGUAUAACGAUCAUCAUCGGGAUGGUUUACGCCUAUUUGUGUUAUAUGUUAAUGCUAUUACACUAAUUUUAUUAAUAAUAUAUGCUAGUAAAUAGUUCAUUCUUCAUGGUUUGUAAAUAUACUUUGAUUCAAAGCUGUUUGUUAAUCUAUUGUCAAAGAAGCGAGUAAGGUAAACAGGAAACAAAUAUGUACAUAUUACGGAUUACUAAUAAAUUGUAAUAGCAGAA